CCCGCGGCUGCAGCCGCCGAUUGUCCUCCGCGCCGGGCCGCGCGCUCCGCGGGUCCUCGCGUCAGUCUUCGCGUCCGUCCGUGUGCGUCCGUCCGGGAGGGCCGAGCCGGGUCGGCGUCGAGGGCGGUCGGGAGCAGCCCGUGCGUCCCGCCGCCCACAUGGCGGCCAUCAAAGCCCUGCAGGAGUGGUGCCGGCAGCAAUGCGAGGGCUACCGGGACGUGAGCAUCACCAACAUGACCACGUCGUUCCGCGACGGCCUGGCCUUCUGCGCCAUCCUGCACCGCCACCGGCCCGACCUCAUAAAUUUCAGUGCCCUCCGGAAGGAAAACAUUUAUGACAACAACAAGUUGGCCUUCAGCGUGGCUGAGGAGCAGCUGGGCAUCCCGGCCCUGCUGGACGCUGAGGACAUGGUGGCCUUGAAGGUGCCAGACCGGCUCAGCAUCCUGACCUACGUGUCCCAGUACUACAACUACUUCCACGGCCGCUCCCCCAUUGGGGGCAUGGCUGGCGUGAAGAGACCUCCAUCAGACUCUACCGAGGAGCCCCGUGGUAAGAAGGCCCCUUCCCAGCCCCCCACGCUGUCCUCACCCACCCCGGCUCGGGGGCCGCCGCUGUCUCCCGCCAGGACGAACCCCGUGGUCCAGAGGAGAGACAGGGGCUCAGAGGACCCAGCCCCGAAGGCUGGCCUGGUGGGGCCAGGCAGCUCGGUCAGCAGCUCGUGUGGCAUCUGUGGCAAACAUGUGCACCUCGUCCAGCGACACCUUGCAGAUGGGCGGCUCUACCACAGGGGCUGCUUCAGGUGUAAGCAGUGCUCCAACACGUUGCACUCGGGAGCCUACCGUGCCACAGAGGAGCCUGGGGUCUUCAUCUGCACCAACCACCAUCCAGGAGCCACCUCUUCCAGCCCAAAAUUGCCAGGGUUGACUCCCAGACCACCAGGGCCCCCCCGUGCAACGUCCCACUCCCCCAGCACCCCGCUGAAGACCCAGGACGUGAACGGACUGAAGGACCCAGCACCCAGUCCCCGGCCAGCAGUUCAUAAGCCUGUAGCCAACAGCUCAGAAGCUACAAGUUUCACUCGGGGUACACCCAACCCUCCAGCCACCUCCUCCCACGUGUACCUGGGGAGUCCCUCAGGGCCCAGGCUGUCCCCCAGUUGGACGUCCCCCUCUGCAGGUGCCACAGGCAGCCCACGUGUGACCAACAGCUCCCCAAUGGGGUGGUCAUCUCCUGUCACCUCCCAUCCUGCUGUGUCUCCAAGUGCCCCGGACACUCGGCCAGCCACACACCAAGGCUGGGCAGCCCCUCGAGGCGUGGCUGCUUACACCACGCCCAGUUCAAGCGCGCCAUCUCCAGGCACGGCGAUGUGGACUCCCUCGGCCUCCAGGACUCAGCAGGCCCGAGAGAAAUUUCUCCAGAUGCCAGCCCAGCCCAGCAGUGGCCCCGCUGGCAGGGGCCCCAUGCCAGCCGGGGACAGCAGCAGGGGCCCCACGCCAGCCGGGGACAGCAGCAGGGGCUCCACGCCAGCCGGGGGCAGCAGCAGGGGCCCCACGCCAGCCGGGGGCAGCAGCAGGGGCCCCACGCCAGCCGGGGGCAGCAGCAGGGGCCCCACGCCAGCCACGGACAGCAGCAGGGGCCCCACGCCAGCCACAGACAGCAGCAAGGCGCAUGCUCUGAGUGUUCUCCGCAAGGCGCUGCCCGGGCUGGGGGGCGCAGGCACUCAGGCACCCGGCAGGCCCUGCUCAGCCAGUUCCUCUACCUCAAAUUCCCAUCUCAAAACGGAAGGGCCUCGAGCAGUUUCCUCAGCGAAGCUGUCACAUUCGUCACAUUCGUCCACUCCCCAGGCUCCCCGCCCCUCCUCUAGGACAGAGCCGCUCAGGCCCCCCACGAGUGUGGGCAGCCCCGCCCAGGCACCUGAGUCACCUGGGGCCAAGGGGAGGAGGCUGGCUGUGUCUUCAGGGGCUGGCGGGGUGAGUGCUGGUUCCAGGCCGAAGCCAGAGCCCCUCAGAGUGAAGGGCCAGGACGCUGCUCCUCAGGAAAGCAAGGAGGGGCCGGAAGGCUGGAGAGCGCUCCUGAAGCCGGUGGACCGGAAGAGCCCUGCCGGGAGGACUCAGGAGCUGUGGGAGUCAAGAGAACCCCAGACCUCAGCCGAGCUGAGGGCAGGAGAUACCCCUAAGAAAGUGUCAGGCAGCUCCGAGCGGGGAGUCCAAAUCAUCCUGACCCCUGUGCGGCCUGAGAAGGUGCCGGGCCCAGCCCGCCCUGGGCCCAGCCUUGCAGCUGCCUCCCCGUCCCCGGCACACCGCAGGAAACUGGCUGUUCCCGCCAGCCUCGACGUUUCGGCCGACUGGCUUCGGCCAGAGUCUUCAAAGCAGGAAGUGCAAGCCUGGAGCUCAAAGGAGGAGGAGAGACGGCAUGAUCAAGGCGUGCCAGGUCAGCCCCAGAGGGGUGCUUCUGCGUGGGGGAGGCCGGUGGGCCCAACUAGUGCCCCAGCUCCAUCUGCUGAGACAGUGACCUCCCCCAUCAGGCUGCACCCUGACUACAUCCCCCAGGAGGAGAUCCAGAAGCAGGUGCAGGACAUUGAGAGGCAGCUGGAUGCACUGGAGCUCAGGGGCGUGGAGCUGGAGAGGCGUCUGCGAGCUGCAGAAGGGGAUGCAGCGGAGGACAGUCUCAUGGUGGACUGGUUCCGGCUCAUCCAUGAGAAGCAGCUGCUUCUGAGGCUGGAAUCUGAGCUGAUGUACAAGUCCAAGGAUCAGCGCCUGGAGGAACGGCAGCUGGACCUCGAGGGCGAGCUACGCCGGCUGAUGGCCAAGCCUGAGGGUCUGAAGUCACCCCAGGACCGGCGGCGGGAGCAGGAGCUGCUGAGCCAGUACGUGAGCACAGUGAAUGACCGCAGCGACAUUGUUGACUUCCUGGAUGAGGACAGACUCAGGGAGCAAGAGGAGGACCAGGUGCUACAGAACAUGAUUGAGAACCUCGACCUCCAGCGGAAGAAACCCAAGUUCCGCUUGUCCAAAAUCUGGCCUUCCAAGAACAAAGGCGCUUGUGCUCAAUGAGCUGCCCGGCCGGACCGGCAGGCCCCUCCCAGGCCCUCCUGCCCGGCCAUGUCCCUCAGACUCACGACAGAGCUGGUACGUGGACCUGGAGCUGCCCUGCCUGCCUCUCCAGGGUCCUUGUGCUUAAUAAAGACGCUGACCAU